AUGAAGCAAAGCGAAGCUCCAGGUAGAUCUUCUGUUGAAACAUCUUCUACUCCUACAUCCCUUAUUUUGUCUUCUACUAUCGAAACUACCCUUAUCGAUACUUCUACUUCCUUACCAACAUUCACUUCACCUAUUGCAUCUUCAUUAUCUGCUUCUACCAUUUCACCCAAUUUUUCAAACAUCAUGCAUCAACCUAUUACCUCACUUUUUUCUUCUCAAUCCACCGAAGGAAAAAAGUUAGUUCAUGAAGAAGACCAAGAUGAUGAUGAUGUGAUGGUCUCUUUUGCAGAGAUUCAGUUCGAUCCAGAAGAGGAUAACAUUCCCGAUCACAUGCUCAUGUCAGGGAAGCAUUAUAAAAUCCUGAAUCAUAAGUUCAAUUUGUUGUUGCAAAUUCAGGAAGAUACAGGGGGUCGAAGUUCAUGA